CACAUCUUUGGGUCUUUACGAGCAUUUUAAAGCAUUGUCAUCCCAUCAUUUACAUUUUACAUCCAGCAGCACUUUACAUAUUCUUGCAGUUAGGAAGUAAAAAUUGUAUCUGCCUUGUAAACCGCUCUAGGAAGAAACUGAACAACAACAAAAAAAGUUGAUCUUUUUACAUCUGUUAAUAAGAGUUAAAAUGUUGCAAUCAACUCGCACAUCCCAGCCGUCAAUAAUUCACUCUUCUUUUGGUCAUAACCGCUAUCCUCAGUAUCAGAGGCGUUAUGAAAAUCCUUAUUUCCAAAGAGGGCAUUUAGUGUGCUCACUGAGGGGUGAAAGUCGCCACACAUGUCAAGCUAAAGGCAGUUGUUGGGUUACUAAUAGGACACAACGCCUUGCAAACAUAUGUAUUAAGUUGUGUAUACAGAUGGCAGUGCGAAUAAUAGACCCGGCGCCUUUUAUAAAGCUGUAAGCAGGUCCCUCUGAUCAGAACAGGGAGUAGAGACCAUCCAGACGGAGGGGGCAGAUAGCGCCCAGGAUUGUUUGUUACCGUUUUAAUCCUAUUAAUUAAAACGUUAACCUGAUUGGGUAGAAAGCUCCGUCCCAAUAGGCGAAUCUUCUUCAUAAUAAUAACCUGCUUUGAGAUAAUGAUGUAAAAGACUCCCCCGUCUGCUGCUUCUGAUGCUGCUGCUGAUCGCUUUCGAAAUCUCGUGAAGGUGAAUCGAAGCAAGAUAAACGCCAGAGCAGGGCAUUUCGCUGCGCGCUGCCGCCUCCACAGUUUAGUCGACAAGUAGAGCAGGCGUCAAGAUCAAGUUAUAAGACAGAGCCUUACAAACAUUAUCAGAUCUAACAACCCGAACUGUGGCAGGACAGAGGAUCCCAAAAGGACUAUGGACAGGAGUAUGAGCAUGAACGGAGCAGAGGGGGACCUCUUUCACAAAACUCUCAGCGCGGUUUCCAACAAAAAGAUGGACUCUUUCAGAUCAGCUGCCAGUAUCGAUCUGCCUUCCCGGGAUCGCCAGUCACCGAUCAACUGUUUCGAUCAGAGUGACUCAGACCCACUCCAGCCUGGGGGUCUAGGUGGCGGUCGAGGAGGCGGGCUUGGUCUUCCGACCGGAUCUUUGUGUGUGAAGUACGGGGAAAGUGGAAACAGGACUUCGGCAGCCGAGAGCAGCGGCGGGGAGCAGAGCCCAGACGAUGACAGCGACGGCAGGUGCGAGAUGGUACUCAUGACGGACGCGAGGACAGCGGCUUCUGGGGGCAAAUCUGAAGGCUCCUCAGGUAAGAAAAACAAAGAGCAGAAAUUACUGAGGCUGAACAUCAACGCCCGGGAGAGAAGGAGAAUGCACGAUUUGAACGAUGCGCUGGACGAACUGAGAGCUGUGAUCCCCUAUGCCCACAGCCCCUCGGUGCGGAAACUCUCCAAAAUUGCGACUUUGCUACUAGCCAAAAAUUACAUUCUCAUGCAGGCGCAAGCCCUGGAAGAAAUGAGAAGGUUGGUGGCUUACCUCAACCAAGGCCAGGCUAUUUCAGCAGCCUCUCUGCCAGCAACGACAGCCCUGCCCCCCGGCUUGGGUGCCUAUGAGCAGCCGGCUGGUUACCCCUUUCCCGCUGGAGUUGCAGCGUCCUCCUGUCCCGAGAAAUGUACCAUUUUCAACAACGUCACCUCCAGCCUCUGCAAACAGUGCACUGACAAGCCUUAAAAAUCAGCAGAACUGCAAGAGGUAAACCACAGUAAAGCACAGCAAAAAAAAAAGUGCAGAGACGAAAAGAAACGUUACAUUGGGUGAGAUCAAAAGUCCAACAACCCUGUGCAUACGGAAAAGGAUGCCGAACGAAGCUGAGAAACUUUUUGUUAUGAUUCACAAAAAGGCACCCGAAGUGAGAGCCUCUAUAACACACGUUUUUUUUUUCUUUGAAUAUACUUGAUUGUGUAAAUAUAAAUUAUGUUCCAAGUGCUGGCGAGAAUGGAAAUCAAAACCAAACAAAAAAGUUUAUGCCUGGUUGCAAACGUUAAAUUAUUUGAAAAUCAUUGUGCACUUUGUAACUGAUCACUUACCAUGAUAUGGACCCGAAGGAAUUACUUGUUUUAACGACCUGACAACAUUCAGUCAUCUCCUUUUUUCACUUUGAAAAGACACAUAACCCUUAUGAACAGUUGCUAAUUAACAUUAACAACAACGCUGCUGCUUUUAUCCAGUUUAUUCUCAAAUGAGGCUGGAAAGAUAACCUUUGAUCAGACUGGUUGCCAGGUCAAGGAUACAGUACGUGGGGUAAUAUCGAUAUCCAUUAGAAUUCAGAUUAUGACUGCCAUUUGGGCCAUUUGUAUGUGUUGCUGUAUUGGAAAGCUUUAUUAAAAUAUUUUGAACAAAA